AUGGCUUGCCUUAAGUUUCUAUCUUCUUCUACGAACUUGGGGCUUAUUCUUCAGGCUUGUGCUUCAUGGUCUUCCAUUAUGCCGAUUUUGGGUCUUGGUCAUGUUUUGUCUCGUGACAAUGAUUUUCCU